AUGGUCAACAACGGCCUCAUCGUCCUCACCGGUGCUACCGGUUUUGUUGGGUUCAAAACGCUCGCUGUUGCACUUAAGGCCGGAUACAAUGUGCGCAUUGUGGUCCGCUCCGCUAGCAAGGGUGACGGAAUUCUCGAAGCACCUUCCAUUAAGGCGUUCAAACUCGGUAGUGAGCGACUUUCCUACUUUGUUGUUCGGGACAUCGCCGCUCCUGGCGCCUACGACGAUGCGGUGAAAGGAGCAGCCUAUGUUAUUCAUUGUGCGUCUCCGAUCCCCAGCUUCGGUGAGGCGGCCCCGACCCCAGAGCUUUACGACGAAUUUUUUGUUCAGACGGCUCGGAAGGCCACCAUCGGUCUUCUCGAGAGCAUUCGCAAGGCCAGCACCAUCAAGCGAGUUGUCAUCACUAGCUCUAUUGCCGGAAACAUCCCCUUGAAAUACUUCGUUGGCCACGGAGAUAAUAAAGUUUUCGACGCCGAGAGCCGCACCACUCUUGACCCUGGCCCAUAUGGCGUGGAGUUCCAGGCCUACAGCGCUAGCAAAGUUGCUGCUCUAAACGCCUCAGAGGCCUGGAUGGAGGAGAACAGACCAGGUUUCGAUUUAAUUAGUAUUCUUCCUGGCUGGGUUUUUGGUCGUGAUGAGUUAUGCACAACCAUUGCUGACUUCAAGACCGGGUCCACCAACUCCGUCCUUUUGGGCUUGCUAACGGGCUCCCGGUCCGAUGAGCCGGUGAUGGGCAACAUGUCAUUUGUGGAUGACGUUGCCCAGGUACAUGUCAGCGCCCUUGAUCCAAAGGUUGAGGGUAACCAGGCGUUUGUUGUGACUUCUGAUGGUAUUGAUGGUGCCCAGUGGGAGGACGCCAUUGAGGCUGCUAGGAAGCACUUCCCUGAGGCCUUGUCCGACGGUCGCUUGAAGAGUAACGGGAAGCAACCUACCGCUGUUGUUCGGGUUGAUGCUGGGAAGACCGAGAAGACUUUCGGCAUUCACCUGACUAGCUUUGAGAAUCAGGUCAAAAGCCUGGUUAGCCAGUAUCUUGAUAUUACCAAGCCUUGA